AUGGUUUAUUUGCUUAAUACAAUAUUAUAUCAAAAGGAAAUGUGUGAAUUUUACACUGAAGGUAAUUUCACCCUUGCUAAAGGGCGAUAUAUUGAGGUUCAAAAAUUCAAAGUUACAAGUAUACAACAUCCACCAUUAGAAGAUCCUGACGAUACAAGGAAAGAAUUAGGUCACUUUGAUUUUUUAGAAAUAUCAUAUUCAUUAGAUGAUGAGCGGAAUAAUAUUAUACCACCAAAAUUUCUGGAUACACAAGAGAGCCUAGAAAUACAGGUUACAAAAACUUUACUGCAACAAUCACAUUUAUGUCCGUUUACGUUGUCGAUGACCUCUAUUUAUGGUGAUUAUGAUCACACUUUAAGAUUGUAUCCAAUUCCUGAUGUUUUGAUAUUGGCUGAUAUAUAUAAAGAUUAUUCGAUCGAUAUUCCUACAUCAGGAUCCACUUACAAUCUUGAGAAUUCCGAAAUCAAAAAUUGUUAUUGUUUUAAUCAAAGUGGAUUUUCAUCAAACGAAUAUAAGUGGAUAGUUUAUUGGCCCUGGUCAAGAAAAUCUGAACUUUGUGAGGAAAUUAAAUAG